AUGAAAGCUAGUGAAACAGCAACAAAAGAAUAUGUGAUUAAUAAAUGGAAAAACUAUAAAAAAACUGAUUUACCACCAGCUAUUCUAGUACCUGCACAACCACCGAAAAGCCUAACAACGCAACCAUCCCCCGACCGUAUUAAAAGAUGUAUACCCGUACAACGUAUUUUAACAGAAUUAGAGAAAAUAAAAGGAUCAAUAUUAGACAUGCCUGAUAUAUCUUCAAAUAAGGGUUUAACAACAAUAAAAGAAGAAAUAAGAAAAGCAUUUUAUGGGCAAUUUACAGGCGAUUUUACACCAUUGAUGGGUGAAGAUGAACUGAAAGAAUCAACAUAUAGAAAUGUUGCGUCUUGCAUAUUGAAACAGGACGACAGUAAUCCAAAAUAUAAAAGGAUUACCUCUUUAGUUUACAACUGGCUUGGUACAUUAUGUCGGAGUGAUAAAAUUGAUAAGAUCGAAAUUGUAUUUAAUUCUGGCCGGUACCGUGCUUUUUUGCAUCAACUACAUUGUAUUGAAGAUCGUCAAGAUCAACUAGAUUUUCAACCAGAUUUAUCAGAUGAAAGUUCUCUCGAAGAACGAAAAUUUGUUCUGGAACGUUUAGAUAAGGUAUGUAAACAAGUAUCACACAAUCGUCAAGUGCGAAUGGCUCGUAUGUGGCACGGAUAUCAUCGUGCCAGUUUACCAUCAUUGCUAACAAAUGGUUUUGCUACAUUAGGGAAAAACGACAACGGAUGGUAUGGAAAAGCCAUGUAUUUUACAGCGUCGGCUAAAUAUGCUCGACGUUAUGGUAACUGUCUUAUUAUGUGUUAUAUUUUAAUUUUAAAUCCAUUUCCUAUCGUAACUGAUGAUGCACCUCCUAAUGUACCAUCCUCCACAUUUCGUUUUUAUGGUAAAGGAACUCACCAAAAUUAUCAAUGUCAUUACAUUCCCGUGGCCGCAGCUGAUAAUAAUCCAAAUACAAUCGAUUAUCGACCACCAGUAAAUGGUAUAGAUAAUGCUUUAUAUGAUGAAUUAGCCGUAUUUCAAGAAAUAAAUAUUUUACCACAAAUUGUUGUACAUUUACAAGAAACGCAACUCAGACAUGCCUCAAUAAGAGGAAAAAAUAAUUUAUGUGACUGUGACUGGCAAUUCACUGUUUAUUGCACUUGA